CCACUUCCCUGUCACUCUAUUUUCUCUUUCUUCCCUCCAAUGUGUCUUAUUUUCUAGGAGGAAAAGAAAAAUCCGAACUUCACAGUUUCUCUCAAACCAAACAAACAAAAACCGAGAGAAACUGUUAAAGCCUCCUCCAUGGAUCUUUCUGACACAACCAACGUUUUGUUUAGCAAAAUCAAGGUUUUAGAACCUGAAAACGCUUCUAAAAUCAUGGGUUUCAUCCUUAUCCAGGACUUGGCUGACAGGGAUUUAUUACGUUUAGCCUUUGGUCCUGAAACCCUUUUGCAGUCCCUUGUUUUCAAGGCUAAGGCUCAAUUAGGACUUUCUUCAAGCAGUUUCUUAACUCAUUUGAAUCCAAUCUCAAGACCCUACACCUCUAACAAUUCCCAAAACCCACUUCCUCCAUUAUCACCUACUAUGAUUCCGAAAAAUGGGUUAUCGGUUUUUUCAAAAAAGGUGCCUUCCUGGUCUCCUAAUGGUAGCCCACAGUCAAGUCCUUUUCUUUCUUACGAAAAUAUUCGCUCUGGGUCUCUUUUAGUUACUCCAAGGACUGGGGAUAGCAAUACUGAUUUAAUCGAUGAGAGUCAAAUGAGUGACUAUUUUUCUUUCUUGAAUGAUUCUUCCUCUUCCAAGAAUGAGGAUUUUAUUGGUCAUAGAAGGAGUUUUUCAGAAAGCGAUGCAUGUUUCGGGACAGCUGAAGAAGCCGACAGAUUUGGUGGUCUUGUGGGUGGUUACAAGCCUUGUCUUUAUUUUGCUAGAGGUUUUUGUAAGAACGGUGACAAUUGCAAGUUUACACAUGGUCUUGGUGGUUUAGCAGAUAAUGUUGAUAUUAAUGGUGGUGUUGUCGUUGGUUCACCUAGUAAAAUGGACCUUCUUUAUCAUCAACACGAGGAAAUGAUGAGAAUGAGAGCAGCUGUUCAUCAGCAAAGAUUGGCUGCUGCUCAGUUGAUGGCUGGUGUUUCUUCUCCACUGCCUUAUGAAAAAAGCAUGAAUCUUCUGUUGCAACACUACACUGAGGACCAGAGAGCUGCUGCAUUAGUGCUGGGUGAAGAAAUUUGCAAGUUCUCCAAGGGCCGAUCUGAGGUGAACGAUUUUUUGGAAAUGGGAUUGGCAGAAAAGGCUUACUCGGCUUCUAAACAGAUUUACCUGACUUUUCCAUCUGAUAGUACAUUUAAAGAUGAAGAUGUUUCUAACUACUUCAGCAUGUUUGGACCGGUGCAAGAUGUGAGGAUUCCGUAUCAGCAGAAACGAAUGUUUGGCUUUGUAACUUUUGUCCAUCCAGAGACUGUGAAGCACAUUUUGGCCAGAGGAAACCCCCAUUACAUUUGUGAUUCACGUGUACUUGUUAAACCCUAUAAGGAAAAGGGAAAAGUUCCGGACAAAAGGCAAUACCUGCAACAACAUUUAGACAGGGGCAACUUUUCUUCAUGUUCAAGCCCUUCAGGGCUUGACUCUAUAGAGCCUUAUGAUCCUCAUGUUGGGGCAAAGAUGUUCCACGAUGCUCCGGAGAUGAUGUUGAGAAGGGAAUUCAAAGAACAAGCUGAUCUCCAGCGUGCUAUUGAACUGCAAAGGAGAAGGUUGGUGAACUUGCAACUUCCAGACUUCAAGAUUGAUGGCAUUCAUCAUCACCAACGCAGCCUAUCCGUCGAUGCUUCUGUUUCCUUACCUGCUUAUUCCCUUGACAGUCAAAAUGCUCCUCCUUCUGACAGCAUUAAACAAGAAGUCUCAAAAGUCUAUGGUGGUAAUACAGCUGCUGCUGUUCCUAUAACCUCGAAUGCUGCUGAGGAGGAGGAAGUGAAUUCAACUUGUGUUCAGAAAGGUGGAGUUGGAAAUCCUAAAGGAUGUCAUGAGAGCUGCAUAGAGCAUGCGCUUCCUGAUAGCCCUUUUGCUUCCCCUGAGAAGUCUACUGAAAGUCACCUCUCUGAGUUUCCUGCUUUGGUGGAAGUAAAUGGAAAUUCAAAUUUAUGUGCUGUGUCAUCUUCUGAAAAUGAUACGUUACUACUCAUCUCUUCUGCUAGCGGCAUGUCCUCCAUUUAAGUUGUCCUCUUAUUGCCAAGAUUUUUUUAUGCCGCGCGUGAAGGUAAUGACAUGUAGGAAAUAAAGUUAAGCACAGUCAGAACUCAGACAAGGAGUAACUAUGAUAUAUGAACUAAUCUUUCUUAGAUUCUAGUCAGAUGGCUUUCUUUGUAAUGUCUUGGUGUGAUAUUAAUUCACAAAAGUAGAAAAGCGUAUAGGAGAAGAUUCCCGUAGUUCGUAGAUGUGUAUAUCCAAAUUAUACGGUGAAGAGUGGAUCCGUAGAGAAAAAACUACUAACAGCAACUUCAUAUUGGAUUAGAUAUAUGGCAGACUAAUCGAAAUUCGAGUGUAGGGCUUUUCUCCUUUUGCCCUUCCGAUGUAGGCAUGUAUUCCAAUCACCAAAAGCCAGAAGAAACAAAGGAUGGCCAGUCAUCGCAUUUUCAGCGUACGCAUUGCAUCUUCUUUCACAUUGUAUCUGAUAAAAAACAUUAUCACAAUCCGAAUUG